CAGGCCAAUGUCCCUUUCGCAAAGCCCGAGGCGACAGGGUUGCUUGCGAUGAAGUAGGGUGAUGCUAAGGCCCUAGGAACAAGAACCGGCCGGGGGGGGGGCUGCAGGCUAGUUGAAUUAAGUGACGAGCAUUUGGGAGAAACCCACAGGGAACCACCAAAAUUCCGUUAUGGAGCAGCGCAGAGGCCAAAUCGCGGUGGAGAGGAUGGAGAAGGCGAAGAGGAGAGCCGACAAAGAGCAGAUGCUGGCAGAGAUAGGGAUGACGAAGGAUUUUGGGACGACGACGGGGCUCCAGAGCGGAACAGGGGAAGAGCUCCAAGUGGGCAGCGAAAGGCGGGUUUGCUGUGUUUCUAAUCUGAUGCAGCAGGCACGGCGCAGUAAGGGUAUGGCUGAAGAUGAAGUUGAUGUAUCAAAGAUGUGUGCUGAUUUGGCUGUGGGUUUGGUGACGAUGAUGCUGGCGGCGGGGAGGAGGAGAUGUAAGUACAGUCUGAGGUACCUUACCUCCCCGUCUUUGGCUGAUGUCGAGGUUCCAAGCUGCAGCUGGUCUGUGGCAAGUUUUGAGACAACGCGCAAGACAGCCAGGUACUUGAAGCUGGUAUUUGCCGGUACGGGCGAGGGGAGGGACCAGCAGGCGCACGAUGAUCAUUCGAGGGGCGAAGAGAGGAGAUGGCUUGUUGUCACGAGUAAGGCGAGUUACAAGAUGCAGAACAACGACGCAAGACUCGAGAAGACUGAGGUCGGCUCGGUACGGAGUACAAGUGCCGUCUCUGCUCAACAGGGCUUAGCAGCAUGGGCACAGAGACGAGAGCGACUGAGUACCGAGUACUGGGUACCGCGGCAAUUUGGAGGCUUCAACAGGUGCCAUGCUUGGAUCAUGUCGAGGAACAACUUCUCCGUCACCAGUACCUCUGGACAAGAGGCAAGAGGCAAGAGUAGACCCAAACGAAGCAGGCACCAUGGGGGACAAGCAAACGCAGUGAAGGAAGCUGCCCUCCAGUGCCGUGGAUCUGAAAGGGGGGUGGAGAUGCAAUCUGUGGGCCUGGGAAGGCACGACAGGGGGAGGUGUGGACACACGGGCGGGGUGAGAGAAGGCAGGCAGCAAGGCGGCGAGCACAUCCACGAGUCCCGGUACAUGCGGGACUGGGGAUUUCUCAGCGGUGCGGCUGUACGAGUGCGGGUAGCAGUACUUCGGUGCCUGUGGCUGGACGAGGGAACUCCAAGGUUUGCGGCUUCCGUUGACGUUGGCUCGCUCUUGCUUGUCCCGAAUUUGGACAGCCACCGCUUGCUCUUGCAACUGGCAGCGGCAAACCGAAACGGUGAUGAUAUCAGAUCCGGUUUUGCAGGGCGCUCACUCAACCCUCGAUUCCAGCAUGAAAGUGAUUGA